AAGCCUUUUCGACUGCUUCCGUUUCCGGUGGCUCUCCGCAGCUACACGGCUGCAGCUAAGCGCGGACGUCGCGGCGCUCCAAACCAGAGCAACAUGACGCAGCCCGGGUUGGAAGCAAGCCGCUUCUCGUCGUUAAACAGCUGCCGUGAAAUGCUGCUGGCUUUAAAUUGACGCCCCGAGCGGCGGGAAGGGCUUCUCCGCCGCUGGCGUUGCAAAACUUCAAAACUUUUUCUUUUUUUUUAUAUAUAUGUGUGUUUAUUCCCCCGGCUGGAACCCCCUUCUCAGAGAUGUCGUGGUUCAGUCAGGUCAGCCAGGGUCCCUACCAGCAGCAGGCCGCUGACGGCCAGCGAUUCACCUCCUCCUGGUUCCCCGCUGCUCCCUAUAAUCCCCCGGGCCUCCCCGCUGGAGCGCAGACCGCGGCUCCACAGCGCAUCGGCGGGGCCGGGCUGCUCCCUGCGGGCCCGCUCGACCUGCCGUCGGCUCCCCGCGGCGCCGCCAGCCCCCCCAGCCUGGAGAACCUGUCCUGCGCCGGUCAGGACAGACAACCGGAGCCCAUCUCCUACGUGACCUUCCAGGAGCAGCGGUGCGUCCUGAGCUGGUUCCAAGGCUGGAAUGGCCCCCAGAAGGAGAGGUUCCUGCAGGAUCUGGUCGGGAAAGCCGUGCCGGGGAAAGUGUGCACCCUCCUGGACUCCCUCAGCACCCUGCAGGUCAGAGACAAGCUGCCCAACAUCUUCGAGUGCCAGCUCCGGCUGUGGACCCAGUGGUUCGAGUCCUGGGGGGAAGAGGAGAGGAAUCACUUCCUGCACAUGCUGGAGGAGAAGGACCCCGUGUUCGUGGCCCACUUCUACAGGAGCGUGGCCGGCACAGCGGGCAGAGACUGACCAGAGAGCUCUGCAUCAGAGGACAGGAACGCAGGGACCAUGUGGUGGAUUUUCUUUCAGGGUUCCCAAACAGCUUCCCACCCCACCCCCCAGACUCAGAUAUGCA